UUGAAAGAUCUUUUAGGCGCUUCUUUCUUUUCUUUUUCAAGACGCUCCCUCCUUCACCAAAGAUUAUCUUUCCUCUGGUUCUCAACUUUCCUCAAUGGCCCCUCCAACGGAAUCGUCUCUUCUCUUUGAUCUCCAAACCUCCGAUGACUCCAAACGCAUCCACUCACUCGUCUCCGAUUACCUUCGCCCUAUCACCGUAAAUUCCAAGAAAACAUCCAAGAAAGCCGAUCAAACCACUGUUCGAUCCAUUGCCAAACAGUUCUUGUCCUUCCUUUCGAAAUCAUUCCCAAUCAUCUAUAAUCGUAUCUACAUACAAAACCCUAAUCAACAACAACAAACCUCCCUUUCUCCUUUCUUCGAUACGUACCGGCUCUGCAUAAAUUGUCUCGAAUUCAUCUCUUCGCAGUUAGCCGGCGGUUCCCACUUGGUUCAGAUCCAGAGGUUGAAGCUCGUUUACUGUUUAAAUGCCUGGGGCUCGUACGAAGAGGGAGAGAACGAAGCAUUUAGGGUUUUGGAGAGGCUUAGAGGGGAGACCCAUUCAGAGGGGAAAUUCGUCCCGGGUAUCGAUGUUGGCGCUAGUGAUUCGAAGUUUGGAUCGAUUGUGGUGGAGGCUGUGGCUGCUGUUGUGAAAAAUGUGGCCAUGGGAAAGAGUAAAGAUUGUGCGAAAUAUGAAAGAAUUCUUGCUUUGUUGGGGCAAGUUAGGCCUUGGUACAGGGCAUUAGAAGCUGUUGUAUUCGAGAAAUCGCACAAUGUGCUCCUUACCUUUCUGGGUAGAUGCUGUCGGUUUUUGGCUGAGGAGAUUGAUCGUUUUGGCGAGGAUUUGGUUCGUCAGUUCAUCACUGAAUGUUUGGCUGAGUAUGCGAGGUCUACGAUGAAAGAUCAAGUUUAUAAGUUUGCCCGCAGAAUAUGUUCCUCAUUGUUCUCGCUAGAGGGAAGCGAGAACUCAGUUCGUAUUGACUUAGUAACGUUUUGUUUAACCUCCAUUUCCCGUGAAAGCAAGUUUGAAAUGGAUAAUAGUGCAAUAGAGUUUGUUGAACUUGUUGAUUAUUGUGCCAAUAGAUGUCGAGCUGCUGGUACAAUUUUUUGUAGUGCUCUUGCAAGACAUUUAAGUGGCAUAGCAGGCGAUUUUCAUCAGGCUACAAUCCCCAUUGAUCUUAUACUGAGGCUUUAUGCAACCGGGCUAGAUUUCAGUGAGCAUGAUGUUAAGUCGAAAUGUGAUGAUUUUACCACUUCCAGAGGUGUAGAAGAUGAUUCUACUAUUAAAAUUUUGUUACUUGAAAAGGAUAAGCUACAAUAUUUGUCUGCUUUACUUGGGUUGCUUGGAAAUUGCUUUAACAUUGGAAAAAAGGAGGUUUGCAUUUCAUCUGAUAUAGAAUAUAAGAAUUCUAUAACUUGGAAGGACAGAAAUGCUUGUCUAGUGAUGUACUAUAAUAUGCUGAAAUUCUUGUGUCAGCUUCUUGCUGAACUAGUAAAUUCUGAGAAAAAAUGGAUACUUGCUGAAACUGAAGCUUCGUCUGAUUCUAGCAAGCUUUACAUUAUCCAGGACGUGUUUUAUCAGUUCUGUGAUAGUUUCUUUUCUCUUGAAAGCUGUAUAUCUGAAACAGAGAGAGAAGAAUUUGAUGAUGAAGAAGUGUUGGUAUCUAGUGUGAUUGUGGCUGGGUUCAUUCUUUCUAUCUGUACGAAGCUUAAAAUGCAGAAGAGUGUGCAUUACAUUAAGCAAAUCAUUGGCAGUGGAUGGAUUAAAGCUCAGGGGCUAAAAUAUCUCUUUGUCUCUUUGUAUAAUAUUGGUGUACAUAUGUACAGAAGUAAGCAAAUGAAAGAGGCUUUGAAGGCUUUAAAACUUUCUUAUAAAGCAUCAUGGACUAAUAUUCAACUUCUCUGUGAGAUGUUUAAUUGUAAGAAGGUUUGUGAUGAUCAUCUGUCGGAAGAUACUAUUAGAGAUUUGAUAACUGACGCAUGUACCAGAAGUGCCUUUCUUUUGGAAGUUCUCCAUGCAUGUGGCAAUCUUAAGGUGGAAAGAAUUAUUGUGGAGAGCCUUGAAAAUUGGUCUGCAGCUGCCAAUUUGCUUAGACAGUUGCCAGGUCCUAUGCCUUUGAUAAAACAAUGGGUUAAGAUACAGUGUAAACUUUCUAAAAACGUGGAUGUAGGGGAUAGUGCUCCAAGCUUAUGUUGUAUGCUGUUAUCUUCUGCGAAAGUGUCAAAAAGGGCAAUAGCCAUAAUUUUGGAGCAGGAGCUUCUUGCAUAUCAGGAAAUGAAUCAUGGGUACCCAGAUUUUUGUCAGGGAAUGCAAAUUAAAGUUAUUGAUUUACUUAUGCAAGAUGUUUAUGCCACAGAAGAUAGUCCUCUACAGAAAGCAAGAAUUUUAAUUAGAAAGGGAAGAGCUCUAAGGGCUAAUGGGAUUGAAGCUCUGAAGGACUGUAUGCGGUGCUUGUCUGAGGCUAUAUCUAUUAUGAAAAACUUCCAUGGUGAAACAUGUACUUCUGCAACUGCAGCCUGUCAUCAAUUAGCUGCUGCUUAUUGCUUACUUGCACUAUGUACCCAGGAAGUUGAACCAAACUCACAGCAAGUUUAUCAAGAUAUCUGUGCUGCCUUAGAUUUGUGGUUGAGCAUUUUCGUUCCUGACUGUUGUUUCAUGGAUGAUGAGUUCAAAAUGGUGUCGGGAAACACACUGCCACUGCUAUAUAAUAUGCUUGAUUUGCUAUCAAUUAAGGGUUACACAAAAUUACACAGUAACAUAUAUAAACUGAUUAUUAGAAUUUACAAAUUGAACAAUGUGCAACUUGGGAAAUGCUUGGCCAACCUUUGGGAAUGUAGGAGGCUUAGUCAUGCACUUUGCGUUUCUCCAGUAAAUGAAUCAUUCAUCACAAACUUAUCAGAGCAUUGUCGUGAAAGUUCUGAAUCCAUUGAUUUUUGGAUACAUUGUCUAAGUGGGUCCCAACCAGGACUUCUUGGAUUCCAACAGAACCUCACAUGUUUCUUUAACACUUCCAACCAUGGAAAAAAUCAUGAAAGAGAUUUCCAAUCAGCUGUCACAGUUAACAAUGUAAAACAGAUUGUGUCUGAACUAAUUGCAAGUGAUCCUGUGCGCAGUCAUUCUCUCUUCCUUGCGGGGUAUCUCUACUAUGAUUUGUGUGAAAGACACAUUUCCAAUGGGCAAUUAUUUGAGGGCCUUUCAUAUGCAAAAGAAGCCUUUCAACUGCGGAGUCAACUCUUUAAAAGAAAAUUUACAUUCUCAAUUCAGGAGCAGGUUGAAAAAUACAAUGAAACUGGUGAGAUUGGUGAAAUUGCCGUGAAAGUUAUAAAUGGUCCAAAGAAUCUUCAAAUACAUAGAAUAGUUGCUAGUGAACUUUGGUCUUUUGACAGUAGUUCAUGGGACCUCUGUGGAUGUUAUCUUAGUCCAUGGAAUGUGCUUCAAUCUUAUCUUGAAAGCAUUCUUCAGGUUGGAUGUAUUAAUGAAAUGACUGGAAAUGGAAUUGAGGCUGAAUCUUUUUUACUAUGGGGAAAAAGUAUCUCCUGUUCACAGAACUUACCACUAUUUGAAGCUGCUUUUUCUUCUGUCUUGGGGAAAUUAUAUCGUAAGAAACGACUCUGGGAUUUUGCAGAGAAGGAACUGAAAAGUGCCAAAAGAAUUCUGGUAGACAGCAGCAGCUGUUAUUCCUGCAUAAAAUGCAGAUUGAUGCUGGAAGUUAAUCUCAAUCUACAACUUGGUGAUUUGUUCCGUAAUCUUUCUGAUUGUGUUGUCCUAAAUAAUUCAAAUGAGAGAUUAUCUCAUGCUGAAUUUCUGUACAAAUCAGCCAUUGAGAAACUAAAUCAUUCUGAGUGGAAAAAUAUCAUUUUUGAUGAAGAAAGUAAUGAGAAUCCACCAGUCAGAGCGGCUGUAAUAAGUAGUGAAGAUGUUGCUGACAAUGUUUCUGCCAAUCAGCCCAAGGCAAUUGAUGCCAGAAAGAGUAGGAAAACUAAAAAUGUAUCAAAAUCUGCUCUGAAGGAGCAGCAUGUGAUACCUGAACGAAGUUCAAGGGUAACUCGUUCUAGACUUCGAUCUUCUAAAAGCCAGAGCAUGAGCAGUACAGCUGAAGCACAAGUUGGACUUUUGAAACAUUCAAAUGUUGAUGUUGCGUCCAAACUCUCUGACACUUGUUGGGAAAAGGAGUCGUCACUCUUGGGAAAAGGAAGCUGUACGGAUGAGUUGAGGAAUGAAAUUGCAUGCAUUUGUAAGGGUACUAAGUGUUGGCAUUGCCUUCCGACUGAGAUUGUGAAAUCUGGGUUACUGAACUACUUCAUAAAUAUGAAGUGGGAGUAUGCCCGCAGAAAACUUUUGAUGAGGGUACUUACUGGUAUAGGAAAAUGCUUGUUAUAUCAUGAUGAAACACAUGAGAUACACAAAGUUGUUUGGCAAAGCUUAUCUGCCCUAGUUAGCAGAACCACAUUGCCCCUGACUUUUUCCUCUGCUCAUGGCGCUUUCUUGCUUGAUUUGAUUGGGAAGGAAAUCUUGGGAGAUACUUUUGCUGUUGAACGUGCAGCAAUCCUAUACUGCAUAGGUUGGAUAACUGUGAAGAAUUUCCAUUCCAAAGAUAGCAGGAUUGUAUGCUGUGAUCUGUCCAAUGUUCAGUUAUCAAAAAUAGUACACUGGUUGAAGCUAGCCUUUGUACUCUGUCGUGAGGUUCCUGUUCUUUUUCAAAAGGUUUCCAGAUUGCUUUCUGCAAUAUAUCUGCUUUCUGCCACUAUUGAGCACUUUGCUUUGCCAUCUUGCAAAGCACUCUCUGAAAGUCAUUGGGCUUCAUUUUUUCAUCAAGCUUCACUUGGGACUCAUCUUAACUACCAAUUCUUUCCUAAUACCAGUGGGAGAUCUAAUGCUCAACCCUUUGUCGAUUCCAGGGACUUGCAUGUGAUUGGUUCAUCUUGCCUAGAUACAGAGACAUCCACCUUGUUAAGGCUUGCUCCUGAAUCCGUUAAUAAUCUUGAACAAUUUGUGAUGAACUUUCUUGUGGGCCUUCCUUGCACCACCAUCAUCUGUAUAAGUUUGCUUGGGCGUGCUUAUACUGGUUUAUUGCAAGAAUUGCUACUUUACCCUUCUUCCAUUCAGGCAUGGAUGCUGUUGUCCCGGUUGAAUUCUAAGAAUCAACCUGUUGUUUUGCUUUUGCCCCUGGAUUCAGUUUUAGAAGUUUCAGAUGCCGCUGCUCCUGAUGAUGAUAAUGCAAGAGCUUGUCAGGAAUUGCGCCAGCAGAUGAAUUCGAGUAAAAAGUGGCAUUGUCCAUGGGGAUCCACUGUGGUUGAUGAUGUAGCUCCAGCAUUUAAAGUGAUAUUGGAAGAGAACUUCAUAACAACUUCCGGAUAUCCUUUAGAAGAUACAAAAAGUAUUCGGUCUUUGUGGUGGACGAUUAGAAAGAAGGUUGAUCAGCAACUUGGUAAGCUGCUGAGUAAUUUAGAAGAUUCAUGGCUGGGCCCCUGGAAGCAUGUGCUUCUUGGGGACUGCUUGGACUGCAAAAUCUUGAACACAGUGCACAAGAAGCUGGUGCGGGAUCUGAAAUCUAAAUGCAAAAUGGACAUAAAUGAGAGUUUCCUUAAACUUGUUCUUGGAGGUGCAAAGUUUAACGUUGAAGAAGCAUGUCUUUCACAGCAGUGUUUAAAAAAAGGAUGCUACAUUGGCAUGCUUGAACAUCGUGGAGAAGAAAAUUGCAGGUCUAAUGGCAUUGAUAAUAUUUCUUCAUUGGCCUCUCAACUAAUAUCUGAAGCAGUGAAUGAGCUUCAUGCGGAGGGGACCAUCUCUAGGGAACCAAUAAUUUUAGUGUUGGACUCUGAUGUCCAGAUGCUUCCUUGGGAAAGUAUACCAAUACUAAGACAGCAGGAGGUUUAUCGAAUGCCUUCGGUAGGCAGCAUCUCUAUGACACUUGAGAGAAAUUGGCAUUAUCAAGAGCAAGUUGAUGGGAAAGCUGCUGCUUUUCCUUUGAUAGAUCCCUUGGAUGCAUUUUAUUUGUUAAAUCCAAGCGGUGAUCUCAGCAGCACACAAGCUGAAUUUGAGAACUGGUUUCGGGAUCAAAAUUUUGAGGGAAAGGCUGGAACGGUGCCAACAACUGAACAACUGGCUACAGCCUUGAAAAGCCAUGACCUUUUCUUAUAUUUCGGCCAUGGAAGUGGAGAGCAGUACCUUUCCAGAGAUGAGAUUCAGGAACUGGAUAGGUGUGCUGCUACCCUGCUAAUGGGUUGCAGCAGCGGCUCACUGAGGCUAAAUGGAUGCUACAUUCCAAGAGGUGUUUCACUAUCCUAUCUACGGGCUGGUUCUCCUGUUACUAUAGCCAACUUGUGGGAAGUGACAGACAAGGACAUUGAUCGAUUUGGUAAGGCCGUGCUUAAUGCUUGGUUGAGAGAAAGAAUGGAUCUGGCUGAUUGUUCCCAAUGCAACCAACUGGUCAAAGAAUUUGAGGCAAUGAAAAUAAAAGGUCGUAAAGGAAAUUCCAGGAAGAAAGUUGCAAGUAGCAAUUUAGCAGAAACUACAGAUGGUGGUUCAUUUAAAAAUGCAUGUGACCACAGACCGAAGAUCGGAUCAUUCGUUGGUCAAGCUCGAGAAACUUGCACCCUCCCUUUCUUGAAUGGGGCAUCCCCGGUAUGCUAUGGUGUCCCAACAGGCAUACGAAGAAAGAUUUGUGUCAAAUCGAAAGAGACCCCUCAAAAGUGCCUUGGAAGUGGAAUGCUGUUUUAACAUUGUAUAUGUAUAUUACAAACAGGAAAAGUGCGUUUUUUCUUCUCAUGCUCAAGCUUGAUAUUUAUUUAUUGAAUCAGAAUCCAUCAGUGCUUG